AUGACAGUCGAAGCAACACUUUGCGGCCGUGUCGCUCUAAUGUAUCUCGAGCAUAUAGAAAAUAGUGAUGCAGCACUAAAAUACAAGUUAAUCCAGCAUGAAAAGGAGUUGAAUAUUUAUAAGACUGCGGCCGAUACCAAUGAAGGACCUAGUGCUUUUGCAAAAAGAAUAUUGGCUAUUAGUCACGAAGAAUUGGCUGAUGUGUAUAUUAAGCUUCAUCAAUAUGAGCAAGCCUGUACUCAUUUAAUAACGGCCAAGACACUUUACAUGGAAAGUAAUUUUCAACAGAAGAACCAACAAAUUCAAGCUGUUGAGGAGAAACUGACGUCUAUUGAUGCGCUUUGA